GUAUACACUGUAUUGUGUACACAUAAUAAUUGGAGUAUUACGUCCUAAUGACGCAAUUAUCUCAAACCUGAUGGAUCGAACCACGUUUAUGCGCAGUGAUCGAGUACGCAUGCAACGGUAAACAAAAUUUCAUAAAGUAGCAAGUGAAAGUCUCUCUGUGACAUAUGUCAUGUGCGCAUUGACCUUAUAUAAAAAAAAAUAAAGACAAGCUCGGCGACUAGCGUGAGUGCACCGUGAUUAAGUAUUAUGUUUACAUCAAAUACACCGAAAUUCUCGACCCUUCAGAUUUUGGUAUUUACUGCGCAUGAAUUUAGACAACGGAGAGUCCACUGACAAGCGUGCCGUUGUCUAAUUAACCAUCAUCAGUCUAACCUCGGCUGUUGAGAUGAGAGCACAUGUCGUACGUGUUUGUUAUGACGCCGAUGUCUUGAUGGUGUGAAUAAUCGAGUUCUUCCUUGUUUCAUCGGCGAGACUGAACGUUUUAAUUAAAACUGAAGAUUCGAAGAGGGUUAACUGACAGUUGACAAUAAUCUGAACAUCUCUACGAGUGUUUAUAAGUUAAGUGUGGGCAGCUAAUUUUAUUGGUUGUCGUUAAAUUGUUACAAAUGAACUUGAACGAUAAUUUGUUCAUUGAAGACGCGGAAUACGACAUAGGUUAUUUCCGAAAAAACGACCAAACUAAAAGAGUACUUGUUUUUCCGCCCGUAAAUAAUUACAGAAGAUUUCUCGUGCAUCAAUUAGUGCAAGAACAAUUUAGCGAUUUACAGACAUUUUCAGUUGGUCAAGGUCGUUCGCGACGACUCGUUGUCUGUUUCAAGUGCGAUUUUAUUGGCACUCCAAAAGUCGAUGAAAAUACGUCUACAACUGGAGAUUGUUUCAAUUGGAAAUCAUUGAACAAAAUGGGAAAGAAAAAUCCAAGCACCACCCCGAACGCCUCGCCAGAACAUAAUUCUCGUCGAUCUCGACCAGCUCCAGUAGCUCUUUAUCGACCACCUGCCGCCAGGCGUUCUCAGACUGAAUCGUCGCCUCCUGAAACUCGAUCGACUGAUACAAAUUCUGCCAGUACUAGUCGAGAAAAGAAUCGCCAAAAACGACCAGACAGGGCAGUCUAUGUUCCCAAGCAUAGGCGAAGUGGUGGAGAAAACGAAGAUCCUCCCAUUGCAACCGAGAAUACGACCGAGAAUACAACCGAGAAUACGCCCGAGAAUACGUCGGAAGGACACAAUGUGACAACUAAACGGCAAGCAAGUAAAAAGACAUCCGUCAGAAGUGGCAAGAGUUCAGAUGAAAAAACGAACGACAGAGUACAGAGUGAUAAUAGUGUAAUUGUAAAUAAUUUAAUUGAAAAACCACUUAUGAGUGAAUCUACCAAAGAAUCAGAAUCUGAUGAAAGAAAAUACCAGAGAAAAGCAGACUCUUUUACCAAUGAUGCAUUUGAAUAUAUUCUAUUAUCAAAAAAUUGCAUGGAUGUGUGUACUAAUGAAGUCAAGGUGGUCGAAAUUCCUGAACGAAACAAGAUUGAACCAGAAGAAAGUGCAGAUAAUUGUACUGCAGAUGUAAAAGUUGUAGAUGUAAAAAAUACUGAAAGAAGCGUGAUUGAAUCAGAACAGAGUCCAAAUGAUUGCCCUGCGAAAGUAAAAGUUAAGAAAGAUAUAGAAAAAAACCUGCUUGAAUCAGAAGAAAGUACCAAUAGUUUUACAGACAAUGUAGAAGUUAUAAAAGACUCUGUACAAAAUUCUACUGUUUCAGAACAAAUUACUACUAGUUGUGCUGCAAAUGAAAAAAUAUUGAAAGAUUCUGAACAAAAUGUGAUGAAUUCUAAAGAAAAGUUAGAUAGUUCUAGAACAGAUGUUGAAAUGUCAGGAAUUACUGAACUACCUACUGUUGCUUCAGAUAAACAAGAAAAAAAUGUUUCCUUUGAAAAAAGCAGUAAAAAUGUGCAAAAUAAAACUGUAGUACUCAAAAUAUCAGAAUCUGAAAGAGUUGAGAAAAAAAAAGAAAAAGUUGUUGCGUCUGUUGAAAAACAGAAUUCAGUUGAUACACUCAAAAUAUCUGAACCUAAAAAAUUAGAAAAACAAACACAGAAAGUAAGUAAAAAAGAUUCAAUAUCCCCAACAUCCGAAUCAAAGCCACCAGAAAAAAAGAAGAAAAUUGAAUCAGAUAAAAGUAAAAGUACAAGUGAACAAAAAACACUCAACCGAGACGAAUGUGAUUGGGAUACCCUGUUCGACGAUGAUGGAGAAUGUCUUGAUCCUUCUCUUAUGGAUGAAAUCACUGCUUCAGUUGGAGAAGUUGUAAUUGAACAUGCAAAGAGCACAAGCAAAAGCACUAAAAAGGCCCCAAUUGAAAUAUCAAAUGAUGAAUUUGGUCAUGUAGUUGAAAUUUAUAACUUUCCGGCUGAUCUUAAAUCUCAGGAUUUAGCUGCAAUAUUUAGUUCCUUUAAAAGUAGAGGAUUUGAAUUGAAAUGGGUUGAUGAUACACAUUGUCUAGGAGUUUUUGGCAGCGCCAAAAUAGCUGCUGAAGUUUUAGCUUCAGAACAUCCUUUUGUCAAAACUAGACCAUUAUCUGAAGCUACAGCUCUAAGCAAAGCAAAAGCUCGAAGAACUUCGGAGUUUCUACAACCUUACAGAGAUCGUCCUCAAACAUGUGCUGCACUUGCGAGGCGUUUAGUUACUAAGUCGCUUGGCGUCACUUUAGCAACUGCAAGGCAAGAACGAGAGCAAGAGAAAAUAGUCCUACGCGAAGCAAAAGAAAAAAAGAGGCUCGCCAAUAAACAAAGGGAAGAAAUAUGGGAAGGCAUUGUUCCUCAAAAAUCUUAGAUUUUCCAUUAAUUUGUACAUAUUUUUAAGUAAAUACGCAAGUGCCUUUAGUUGCCAAGAUUCGAAAACAUAUAAAACUGUUUUUGAUUUUGUAUAAAGUAUCGUUCCUUUAUUUAUAAAUUUUAAAGUAUAAUUGUACUUUUGUCCGAGUUAGUGCUGUUAAAAAAUAGGCUACAUUCAACUAGAUGUUCUAAAAUUCAAUACUCUAUGGUAAAUUCAACUUUACAAAUAUAUAAACAAUAGUAAAGAGAUAAAAAUUUCCAUUUAUCGGUGUGACUACGAAAAAUUACUGUUAAUAAUGUAAGAAUAAUUAUAUUCUUCAUAUUGAAUAAUAAUUUAACUGAUCAGUUAUUUGUUAAAAAAUAACGUUGUGAAGAAUGUAUAAUCGAAAACUUUUAAUUUUUAUAUGAAUAAUGAAUGAAGAUUUAUUGUUAGUAAAAAUCUUGAAUGGACUAUUUUCGAGAAUUUUCUGUCGUAUUUUUAUAUUUAAAACUGCAUUGUUCUAUCAAAUCAAUGGGAUUAUAAAAUGGCAUAAGAACUAGUCAUGAACAUCAUUACUUCUAAAAAAUGUUACCUAUAUCUAAUGUUGAUAUAUCGUGUAUAUUUAAUGAUUAAAAUAAGUAAAAAACUAUUUUUUCAACGA